ACACGCAAAAAAAAAAAAAAAAAAAAAGGAAGAAGCUAGCUAGCCUCUCUUUAGUCGCCACCGCGUCGCCAGCUAAUUUGCCGAAGAUGGCGGCUUGUAGACGUGUUCAUCCUCUCUGGCUUUUGUUAUCCCUAUGUAUAUGCGUGUACUUUGUUCAAGCAGGAAAAACACAGGUUGGUGCCAACGAAAAUGUCGAUAAUAUUGGUAGUCCACAGAAUCCAGGAGCUGUACCCGCUGCAGCGAACGCAGCUCCCGUGGCUGUGGCAGCGCAGCCCCGUCGCUCCACCGGCUGGAAACUGGCUGAAGAGGAGGCCUGCCGGGAAGAUCUGUUAAGGCUUUGUCCAAAUAAGCAUUCUUGGUCUAACAACUUAGCCGUGCUGGAAUGUCUGCAGGAUCAUAAGGAGGACACAGAGCUGGCUCCGGACUGUAAUCAUCUAUUAUGGAACUACAAGCUGAACUUGACGACUGAUGCCAAGUUUGAGUCCGUGGCCAUGGAGGUGUGCAAGAGCACCAUCAGCGAAAUAAAGGAAUGUGCCCAAGAGGAGAAGGGGAAGGGCUACCUCGUGUCCUGUCUGGUGGAUCACCGUGGCAACAUCAGUGAACACCACUGCAGUCAGUACAUCACCAAGAUGACCACCAUCAUCUUCAGUGACUACCGGCUCAUCUGCGGAUUUAUGGACAAAUGUCGUGAUGACAUCAAUACACUGCACUGUGGGAGUAUCAACACGGGGGAGAAGGAUGUGCAUUCUCAGGGGGAGGUGAUUGCCUGUCUGGAGAAAGGGCUGGUGACUGAGGCAGAGCAGGCGGCUGGCCAGACGGGCAUCAAGGAGGAGUGCAAGAAGGCCAUCAUGCGAGUGGCAGAGCUCUCAUCGGAUGACUUUCACCUGGAUCGCCACCUCUACUUUGCUUGCCGUGACGAUCGUGAACAUUUCUGCGAAAAUACUGCAGCAGGGGAGGGACGGGUCUACAAGUGUCUCUUCAACCACAAAUUUGAGGAUGGCAUGUCAGAAAAGUGCAGGGAUUCCCUGUCCACACGUCAGAAGCUGAUCGCUCAGGACUACAAGGUGAGCUACUCGCUGGCCAAGGCCUGCCGCGCAGACCUGCGGAAGAACCGCUGUAACCAGGACACCAACAUGCCUCGCGCCCGCGAAGCCAAGCUCUCCUACCUCCUCCUCUGUCUCGAGUCAGUUCUGCACAGAGGUCGUCCUGUCAGUGGGGAUUGUCAGGGGGAGAUGCUGGACUACAGGAGGAUGCUGAUGGAGGAUUACUCGCUGAGCCCAGAGAUUGUGCUGCACUGCCGGGGCGAGAUUGACUCGCACUGUGGCCUGCACCACAAAGGACGCACACUGCACUGUCUUAUGAGGGUGGUCCGCGGGGACAAGGCUCCGGUGGACAGCCUCUGCCAGAAGGCUCUCCAGAGUCUGGUGCAGGAGGCAGACCCCGGGGCAGACUACCGCAUCGACCGGGCCCUCAACGAGGCCUGUGAGUCAGUCAUCCAGACCGCCUGCAAACACAUCCGCAACGGAGACCCCAUGGUGCUGUCGUGUCUGAUGGAGCAUCUGUACACGGAGAAGAUGGUGGAGGACUGUGAGGUGCGGCUGCUGGAGCUGCAGUACUUCAUCUCCAGGGACUGGAAGCUGGACCCACUUCUGUACAGGAAGUGCCAGAACGAUGCAGCACGAAUCUGCCACACUCACGGAUGGAACGAUACCAGCGAGCCGAUGCCCCCUGGCGCGGUGUUCUCCUGCCUGUACCGCCAUGCCUACCGCACCGAGGAGCAAGGCAGACGGCUCUCACGAGAUUGUCGGACAGAGGUGCAGAGGAUCCUACACCAGAGGGCUCUGGACGUGAAGCUGGACCCUGAUAUGCAGAGACGCUGCAUGACCGACCUGGGCAAGUGGUGCAGCGAAAGGACAGAGUCUGGACAGGAGCUGGUGUGUCUGCAGGACCAUCUGGAUGAUUUGGGCCCUGACUGUAAGGACGUGGUGGGAAACCUGACAGAGCUGGAGUCUGAGGACAUUCAGAUUGAUGCUCUGCUGAUCCGUGCCUGUGAGCCCGUCAUCCAGUCUCAUUGCCAUGAUGUGGCGGAUAACCAGAUAGAGACAGGAGACCUGAUGGAGUGCCUGGUGCUCAACAAGCACCAAAAGGAGAUGAACGAGAAGUGUACCGUAGGGGUCACUCACUUCCAGCUGAUCCAGAUGAAGGACUUCCGUUUUUCCUACAAGUUCAAGAUGGCCUGCAAGGAGGACGUGCUCAAGCUCUGCCCCAACAUCAAGAAGAAGGUGGAUGUGGUGAUCUGCUUGAGUACUACAGUGAGAAACGACACGCUGCAGGAUGUGAAGGAGCAGCGUGUGUCUGUGAAGUGCCGCAGACAGCUCAAAGUGGAGGAGCUGGAGAUGUCAGAGGAUAUCCGUCUGGAGCCUGACCUGUUUGACAACUGCAAGAACGACAUCAGGAAGAUGUGUCAGAACGUGCCCUAUGGGAACGCUCAGGUGAUUGAGUGUCUGAAGGAGAAUAAGAAACAGCUGUCCCAACGCUGCCAUCAGAAGGUGUUCAAGCUGCAGGAGACGGAGAUGAUGGACCCCGAGCUGGACUUUCAGCUCAUGAGGGUCUGCAAGCAGAUGAUCCGGAGGUUCUGCGCUGAGUCGGAUGCUAAGAACAUGCUGCAGUGCCUGAUUCAGAACAAGAACGGCGAGCUGAUGGACCCCAAGUGCAAACAGAUGAUCACGAAGCGCCAGAUCACCCAGAACACAGAUUACCGGCUGAACCCAGUGUUGAGAAAGGCCUGUAAAGCCGACAUCCCCAAGUUCUGCCAGAACAUUCUGAACAAAGCCAAAGAUGACAACGAGCUGGAGGGCCAGGUCAUCUCCUGCCUCAAACUCAAAUAUGCAGACCAGCGUCUCUCCCCUGACUGUGAGGACCAGAUCAGGGUGAUCCUGCAGGAAUCUGCUCUGGAUUACAGGCUAGACCCUCAGCUUCAGGUUCAGUGCACUGAGGAGAUCUCCCGGCUCUGUGCUGAGGAGGUGGCGGCCCAGGAGCAGACGGGUCAGGUGGAGGAGUGUCUGAAGAGCAACCUGCUGAAGAUCAAACACGACGGCUGCAAAAAGGAGGUGUUGAACAUCCUGAAGGAGAGUAAGGCUGACAUCUUUGUCGACCCCGUGCUGCACACGGCCUGUGCUCUGGACAUCAAGCACCAGUGCGCUUCCAUUCCGCCCGGCAGGGGGCGCCAGAUGUCCUGUCUGAUGGAGGCGCUGCAGGACAAGCGAGUGCGUCUACAGCCCGAGUGUAAGAAGAGACUGCAGGAUCGCAUCGACAUGUGGAGCUACGCCGCUAAGGCGGCUCCGGCGGAGGGCUUCGCAGACCUGGCGGGCGAGGUGUUCUCCUCCCCGGCCAAGAACUACCUCCUGUCCAUGCUGGGCAUGGCCUUCACCCUGCUCUUCCUCAUGGGGCUGCUGUGCGGCCGCAUCACCAAGCGCGUCACCCAGCAGCUCAAGGACAGGUAGAGGGCAGCCCAGCCCAGCCCAGAGCAUCUCCCCCACGCCCACCUCCACCCCCUACGCCACCCCACCCC